AUGUCUAUCCCAGCAGAGUUUGGAGGACCUGAAGUAGGCUCCUGGUACACACAGGUUGUCCAUUUUGCAACUGAAACACCCAAGCAGAAUAAGGAAGAUGAGUUCCAGUUCAAGCUGAUGUCUUUUCUUCAAAAAGAGGGGAAAUCGCUAGCUGACAUUCCAAGUUCGGCUUCCUCUGCACCUGACCUUAACACUAAGCUGGUUGAUGCCAUAAACUCCCUUGUUCAAACGUGUCAUGUGGCUUCAUCUGAGGAGAGAGUCGGAUAUAGAAAGCUGCGUCCUUUCUCAGGGUUUAUACCAACUCCUCCUGGAGAAGAUGAGUAUGAGGUCUGGGUCGAGCAGACUACUCACAUUCUGGAAGAAUGGCAGUGUGCUGAAAAUGUGAAGAAGCAGAGGUUAGUGGAGUGUCUCAGAGGUCCUGCAGCAGACAUUGUAAGGUUUGAGAAGACUGGUAACCCAUCUGCUACUUUCAGUGACUAUCUUGGUGCACUAGAGUCUGCCUUUGGCACUACUGAGGAUGCUGCAGAUUUGAUGUUAAAGUUUCGAAGCACUUACCAGAAUGAGGGAGAAAAGCUCUCAGCCUACAUACUGAGAUUGGACAGGAUGCUGCAUAGUAUGCUGAGGAAGAAAGGCAUUGAGUAUUCUGCCAUGAAUCAUCUUCGAAUGCAACAAAUAGUCAGAGGUGCCCUAUCCAGUGACUUUGUAGCUAUGCGUUUGAGAAUGACCCAUAAGUUGUGCACCCCUCCUUCCUUUAACAAAUUAAUGAAGGAGGUGAGAGAAGAAGAAACUCUUCUGAAAGACAGAAAUUCAGUACAGUCCAAUGUAGCUGUCUCUGUGGUGUCCCCUUCGAGAAAUGUGUCGUCUACUAACACUAACAUGGGCGAUUCAGAAGUAGAAAAGCUCAAGAAGGAGAUAAGAGGACUUAAGAAUGAAGUGUCUCGUCUGACCGCUGCUGUUAAAGAACCCAUUUCCCAUGAUCACCCUGCUGUGCAUAGUUUACCUGCGGCUGCAGAGAGCACACCUUCUAGACCAGUGAACAAAGCUAAUGUCUUCUGUUACUGA